AUGUCUAAUACCGACUUUCUUGGACGGGCUAUCGAGAGUGUCAAAAAAGCCAUAGAGCUAGAUAACGCUGGCACCUACGAGCAAGCUUAUCAACAAUACUACACAGCUCUAGAACUGUUCAUGCUAGCGCUAAAAUGGGAGAAGAACGCCAAAUCGAAAGAAAUGAUACGCGCCAAAACAGGCGAAUAUAUGGAGCGUGCUGAAAAGUUAAAACAACAUAUCCAAGCCAAUGAUCCAAAUGCCAAGCGAAAACCAGCAGCCAUGGGGGCAAACGGCAAGGCGAGUAAUGGAGCAAGCAAGGCAGACGGAAACGGGGAAGAGGAAGAUAGUGACCAGAAGAAGUUGAGGGGGCAAUUGACUGGAGCGAUCUUGACGGACAAGCCGAAUAUCAAGUGGGAAGAUGUUGCCGGGUUGGAUGGAGCAAAGGAAGCGCUGAAAGAGGCAGUGAUAUUACCUAUUAAGUUUCCACAUCUGUUUCAGGGCAAGCGGCAGCCGUGGAAGGGAAUAUUAUUGUAUGGCCCGCCUGGCACGGGAAAGAGUUACCUAGCCAAAGCUGUUGCUACAGAGGCCAACAGCACAUUUUUCAGUGUCAGCAGCAGUGAUUUGGUGAGUAAGUGGAUGGGAGAAUCUGAAAGAUUAGUGAAAGCACUCUUUAAUAUGGCACGAGAAAACAAGCCAGCCAUCAUCUUCAUCGAUGAAGUUGAUGCCUUGUGUGGUCCUCGCGGAGAAGGCGAGUCAGAGGCAUCACGACGGAUCAAGACAGAAUUAUUGGUGCAGAUGGAUGGGGUCGGCAAAGACACUAAAGGAGUGCUUAUUCUUGGAGCUACAAAUAUUCCAUGGCAACUUGAUGCAGCCAUUCGAAGACGAUUUCAGAGGAGAGUACACAUCAGCUUGCCAGACACCCCGGCACGGAUGCGCAUGUUCGAGAUCGCCGUCGGAGAUACGAAUUGCGAGCUCACCCAAAAGGACUACAAGGCGUUGGCAGAGUUGAGCGAAGGGUACAGUGGAAGCGAUAUCAGCAUCGCAGUACAGGACGCCUUAAUGCAGCCUGUGCGGAAGAUUCAGAUGGCCACCCAUUACAAGAAGGUAAUGGUCGGAGACGAGGAGAAGCUCACACCCUGUUCACCAGGCGACAAAGGUGCGAUGGAAAUGACAUGGGUCGACGUUGAUCCAGACAAGCUACUCGAACCGCCAUUGGUGUUGAAAGAUUUUGUCAAGGCGGUCAAAGGCGCACGGCCGACCGUCAGCAGUCAAGAUCUGAAGAGAAACGCGGAAUGGACUGCGGAAUUUGGCAGCGAAGGCAACUGA